GUUACUGCAAGCGCGAUGACGCAGGACGCUGCAGGAGCGGGUGACGAGCGGCCGGGUCUCGGCCGGCCCGAGCUUCUGGAAUCAGGCGUAGGCCCGAGCCGUUACCAGGAUGGAGGAUCGGAAGCCGUCGCGACACCGGGCAUCCGAAGAUGUCAGGCGACAGAAACGCAAGGAACUGGAUGCCAGGAGGAGCAAGUCACGGAUCCGCCUGGGCACUCACCUGGAGCAGUGGUGCAAUGUCAAGGACCAGCUGGGAUUUCACUUACAUUCCGAUUUUGCUAAGUUUCUCCUCGACAGUUAUGCCUCCAAAUCCCCUGAGAGUGGUUCAGGGCCCAGUGAUGCAGGUGAGGAUUUCAAUGUGCUUCGUACCUCGAGCGACGCCUUACGGCAGCUUGUGAUCUGGUCACAUGAUCACAGCCAGGAGUGUGGCUUCAUUCCCGACCUGAAGUCUGUUGUGUUGGAGCGUUCAGGAGGGUCUCUGACGGCGGUCUGGGAGUGUAUUGCAGGUCACUCUUACCCGUGGUUACUGCUUGCAAGUACUCGGACCAUCCCAGACCGUGGUGCCAUGGCAAGGACCAGGAGCAGGACCAGAAACUGUGAGCGAGCUCAGUGCAGCUCCACUGGGCAUGGGGACCUUCCUGAGAAAGGGGACUACCUCCGAGCACCCACUGGGCUCCCUCUGGAGGGGACUGUAAAGGUGGAGCGGGAUCCACGGAGCUUGGCGUCAGAGAGCAGCAGUGUGUCGGAGCCAGGCAGCGAGAGCGAUUCAAGCCAGAGGAGGACUGCAUUGGGUCACGAGAGGCCACUGCAGGUGUCAAAGGGUAUCGGUGGUGAGGUAGGAGGUGACUGUGAAAUCGCAGCAGCACUAAGCUCAAGUGGUCACCCCACAUCCCAGCAUCCAUCAUCUGUUCACAGUCACAAUUCCACAUCUCCGACAUUGGGCAGCCGGAGGACAAGGAACAAGCAGGAGUGCGGCCAUUUGGGGAACUGUCGGCCCCCUGUGAAGGAGAUAGCAAAGCUCAGUGACACUGGGCCAAACAGUAAGCACUCUGCUCUAAGGAAAUGCACUGAUAUGGGCCCUGCAAGCAGCCUGGACACCAUGCAGCUGGUGUGUGAGUCAGACUCGGCCACAGAUGAGGAACCACGUCCAGGAUCCAGGAAAGCAGGAGCGUCACCAGUUUCUGACUCCCCAGCUGUAGACACUGCAGUCAGGAAGGAUGGAGAGCUGGAAGUACGGGAUGAAAGUGACGAGGUCACCAUCGGGGGACUUGAGGAAUCAACAGAUGAUGACCUGAGCUACGCAGAUGAUCUGAAGGAUCAGAAUUACAGCCCUUCGUCAGACAGCUCAGAGAGGACCAAGAGGAAGUUGCAGCCUCGGUUACGAGGCAGAGCGCCGAAAGAGACAAAGAAGAGUCAGAAAACCCCUCUGCGCACAUCCAAACCAAGAAAGGCCAGGCGAGCCCGCAGUGAGCAGAGUGAAGAACCACAGAUUCCCAUGAAGAAAAUCAGGAAGAAAGCUCCGAAGGAGAUUCUUCGCUGCGAGUUUGAGGGUUGUGGGAAGAUUGUCUCCAAUCGUCAGUACCUUAAGCACCACAUGAAGUACCAGCACUUGCUGCAGAAAACCUUUGCCUGCUCCCACCCAUCCUGUGGACGAUCCUUCAACUUCAAGAAGCAUUUGAAAGAACAUGAGAAGCUGCACAGUG